CUUCCUCCCCUGAUUGUGCAAGCUUCAGAAUGCUAGUAUUGUCUGUAGGCGCGGCAUUACAUCACAAGCUAUCAUAUUAGUGCAUUGUUUUUCGGUGUUGGUUAAUGUUGCUUUACUGCUACAUAGUCUCAGGUUCUCUAUCUGCGUUCUUAUUCACAGGUUUGUAGCGGCGUGCAGCGAGUGAGGGUAUUUGCGCUACUCGGAGUGACUGGUCAGACCAGGGGGAAAACGGGACCGGAGCUAUUCUGUUUUUUUUUCUGACAUUGUUAAUCAUUUUCAUAAUUCCUUGGAGGAAUAAACUCCAUUGAAAGACUUCAGAAGGGUACUUGUGCGUUCAUCAACACCGCAUACAAGUGUUCCAACAAGCCUCACCAUGGAGGCCAUUGCCAAAUACGAUUUCAAAGCCACUGCAGAUGAUGAGUUGAGUUUUAAACGAGGAGAGACGUUGAAGGUUUUGAAUGAAGAAUGCGACCAGAACUGGUACAAGGCAGAGCUGAAUGGGAAGGAAGGCUUCAUCCCCAAGAACUACAUCGAAAUGAAGGGACACCCGUGGUUCUAUGGUAAGAUCCCCCGGGCGAAGGCAGAGGAGAUGCUGAACCAACAGAGGCACGAUGGGGCCUUCCUCAUCCGAGAGUCGGAGAGCGCACCGGGAGACUUCUCCCUCUCUGUCAAGUUUGGUAYUGACGUGCAGCACUUCAAGGUCCUGCGUGACGGGGCUGGGAAGUACUUCCUGUGGGUGGUCAAGUUCAACUCUCUCAACUCCCUGGUGGACUACCACCGUUCCACCUCUGUGUCCCGCAACCAGCCCAUCUUCCUCAGGGACAUCGAGCAGGUCCCACAGCAUUCAACGUACGUGCAGGCGCUGUUUGACUUCGACCCUCAGGAGGACGGCGAGCUGGGCUUCCGACGCGGCGACUUCAUCCAGGUCCUGGACAACUCCGACCCCAACUGGUGGAAAGGGGCUUGCCACGGCCAGACGGGCAUGUUCCCGCGCAACUACGUCACGCCAGUCAACCAAAACAUGUGAUCAUGUCACGCCUGUCAACCAAAACAUUUGAUUGGCUAAGUGAAUAAUGACAUGACCCCCUCGUCCCCCAUUGGCCAAUUUACAACCCCUCAGGACUUUGAGGGACACUUCAGAAACAGACCUAAAUGAGGAAUGGAAGAAUGGGAAGAGGAACAAAAAUCCUGCAAAGACACAGAGCGAGAGGCAGAUUUCAUUACUCAGACUCUACAGUUGACUCGGUGGAUUCUUUGAUGCAAUGAGGGAGACACACGGAACAGAGAAGCAUUGCAAAGGAACCUAAGUUGACGUAAAAAAACAAACACAA